GCAAUCCAGCAACAAAUGUUCUUCAGAAUGCGUAUCACAAGUUUUACCGUUUUCUCCUGCAUCACGUAUGUCCUGGUUUUUAAAACUGGUUUCGUUGAAAGCAAGUGUGUCUACCCAUGGAUAGAAUUCCAAAAUCAUUGCUAUAUGUUUGGAUUGGAUGGAAAAACUUGGUUUGAAAGCAAAGUGGAGUGCAACAAGAAAAAUUCGUAUCUUGCAAGAGUGGAGACACCAGCGGAAGAUGACUGGAUCAUUCAACAGAUCUUUGCUCUAAACAAAGUAUGGUAUUUGUGGAUUGGUGGAAACACCCUGAGGAAGGUUGGUGAUUGGAGAUGGGAAUCAACCAAUGAAAAAGUUGGAUAUACAUUCUUUUAUCCAUCUGAGCCCAAUAGGCCAACAACUGAAAGAUGUCUGUGCUAUUUUAGUCAUCAUAGAAAAAUGCUUUAUUGGGGAGAUCUGACAUGCACUAAUAAAGUUGGUUUCAUAUGCGAAAGAGAUAACUGAUAUGAAAUUUACCUGCCAUUAGUGUGUAGAGGAAAUGUAACUCAUGAUUAAACAUAAUGGAACAGUAAA